AUGUUUCGGCCGCGGUUUCGGGCCGUUCGUUGGUACUCGCUGCGCCGAAUUCCGUCCGUGGUGCAUCCCGAGCUCCAGAGCAACCACGCACCAGAACGGAUUCUCAUUUUAGAUCCUGCGGAAACCGCUGAUAAACGGUUUCGACAAGUUGUACGAGAUAUAGGUUCAUUUCGACCGGAAAUUACUCCGGAUCUGGUUGCUCUCGCUUCACUAGACCUUCUCCAGGAUGCUCAGCUGGACGGCCGCGGUGCACUGGAUGGCGUGGAUCACACUGGAAUUUCGAUAGAACAACAAAAACCUGCGGUAUCAUUCUUGACCGCUCAACAGCAUAAAGAGUUAUGUGACACUUUAACUCGUUCUUAUACAAAGACACAGCUCCAGCAUUUUCUCGUGGCCCGCCUAGGGACCAGUAGAGGGCUUCAAAGACGGACAAAGAUCCAAUUGGCCCAACUUAUAUUGGAAAAAGCAUGGAAUAUCACUACCGGAGAACCGGCCGAUUUGAACCAUCUUGUACGUACUAAGAGUGUGGAAUUGUCGCCUCUGGAUAGGUUUUUGUUGGUGCUGAAGAGCGCGACUUUGUUAAGGCAUGUAGCGAGGGCUGGAGCCAAAAUCGAGUUGGGGUCUAAAAACCUCGUUUUCACGGGAACAGAUUUCCAAGUUAAGGACGCUGAAAAUUUGUUGCGGCUGGUUUUGGAUCGUUGUUAUCGAACCACUGUUGACUUGCUGGCGAUUAAACUGAUGUUUGACGAGAGAAACCAUGAUUUUGCAGCCGCUGUGGCUGCCGUGAGUCAAUCUUUGGGAGUGUUUUUUAAGCCAAAUGCUCAGGAAGGUGUAUUUGACUUUGCCGCUUUCGAUUCCAGUCAGAUCCAGCGGUCUCAAAGAAUGCUCAUGUCUAUGCUUGUGUCGAAGCGCAAUGAACUGAAAUAUUUGCCCAAUUUUCAAUCCAAAGAUUUCAGUUUGGUGCCAUUUGCAGACGACGAGUCUCUUCCUUGGCACUCAAGAAAGCCGUUUUAUGUUGCUCGGAUAACGCAACCUCGUGGUUUUAUACAAGAGGCACUCGCCAAGCUAGAUGUGGAUGAGAAAACCACUCCUUCAUUUGACUAUGAGAAGCAGUUGUACGACGCAAAGUCGUUACCUCCCCAACGAGACCUUGAAGAAGAGAGCUGGAAUUUGUUGCGGGACUUGGGGAUAGUGGAGAAGGGGAAGGAGAAAGAGGAAGGAGAAGAAGUUUCUGAAGAAAAAGAAGUUACUGAAGUGAAAGAAGUUUCUGGAGUGCAAGAAGUUUCUGAAAUCGUGAGUGAACCAAAAGAUGUCUCAGACGUUUCUGAAGCAAAGAAAGACUCAGAUAGAGAGAGUCCGGACUCUUUUUCCACUAAAACCAGCACUGCAAAUUUCACAAGGUUGCGAGAUUUUGCUUCAGAAAUCACCAACAACCACUACGACUUCCUAACCUCAUUCAAAUCCACCAGCCUACCCUCCUCAACCAUGUUCACCGUGGGUCUUGGAAAUAUCUUGUUUCCUGCUCCAAAAAGUUCCACAAUUAUUCCAAAAUUUGGAGACAAUCUUUCAGAGGUCUCAAGGUUCAGUACCAAUGCUGCUACACUCAUCAAGAAGCUUGUCCAGCUUCCUUUUUACGAAAAGCCAGACGCCAGUCUUUCCAGUCAAGCCAUGGUCCACGAUCCUCAUACAUAUGUUGCACAAAUACGGUUUGUUCCGUCUCCAUUUGACCAUGUCGAUCACGAAGAAUUUCCGCCUGUGGAAAUCUGGGUUGAGCUCAAUGACCGUUCCAAGGCAGAUGUGGACACCCUCAGCAUGGUUAGCGUGGAAGGAGAAAAUGAGUGCUUGGUGGGACUACCACAAGAAAUCUUGGACAUGAAGGUGAGCUGCCAGAAAACCGGAGACUUGUUGAAGGUUGAAAGUGAAAGUCCUCACCACGAAAAAAAUAGCAUUUAUGACCUUCUCCAAGAAACCGCACCUCGCUACAGCAGGUUUGAUUCUCAACCUGGGCUAUCAGAGUUUUUGGACAAUUCUCGGUUGGACUUUGGUGGGUCGCAACGGCCUUCUAUAUGUCCUUUCAUCGACAUAAAUUUUGGCGAAAAAAAGUUAAGAUACCUUUACGUGAAUGUCAAUUAUAGGAAACAGCUUGAGUUCCGUUAUGGUGACCGGCUCAUACAAAUGAGUACAGUUGAAGGAGGAAGCAUGGGAGGAAGAACCACCGAAGUGACAUUUGUGGGAGAAAACGAAGACAAGCAGGAACUACAGGAGUUGUUAAUUGACAGCCGGUUGUUUUUGGAGGAAUGUAUAUAG